AUGGCCUCCGUACAAGCGCUUAGCGCCGCUGCACAAGACAGAAAAGCGCGUCUAGCACAGCUCAAAUCACUCAAGCGCAAGCAACCAGAGGAGGCGCAGGAAGAGGACUCCGGACCCACGGAUGCAAAUCAACAGUCCGCCGCACAGGACGAAGAGCCACAGCAGAUAGCCCCGUCCACGAACAAGUAUCUGUCCGGCAGGAAUUACGACAUCGAAACGAAAGGAGCAAAGCUAGGCUUCGAGGCUGCGCCGUCGGAGGGGAAGAACACGCUUGAAAAGCAAGCUGCAGCACUAGCAGCCGAGACCAAACGGCAAGCGGAAGAGGAGGAGAAGGCAGACAAGCCGCUUGAUUUGUUCAAGCUACAGCCGAAGAAGCCCAAUUGGGACCUCAAGCGAGAUUUGGACCGCAAGUUGGAGAUUCUGAAUGUGCGGACGGAUAAUGCGAUUGCGAAGAUGGUGAGGGAGAGGAUCUCAAAUCAGCGGAGUGCUGCACAAGCCAGGGGCGCGAGUGUGAAUGGAAGUGGGAGUGGGGACGCGGAGGCUGCGGGCAUAGAAGGGGCGACGCUGGUCGAGGCGACACACGUGCGGGAGCGUGAGGAUGCGGAGGAAGCGCGGAGAGAGAGGGAAGAGGACGAGGCGCUUUUGGAGGAGACGUGA